AUGCCUACAACGCAGAUCGACUUCCCCAUCCUACAACAGUUCUUCUGCGUCGUGGAGAGCCGGACGGGACUGCCACCCCAACCCUUGGACGCGAGGCCGGCGCAACUGAUGGAAGCGCAGAAGAAGGAGCGGCAAGAGGACGACAGGACGCCCAAGCAGUUGCCCAAAGGUGUGGUGCUUGGGCCGGAUGGGAAGCCCUGUCGCUCAUGCACCUCCUUUGCCGCCUGGGCUUCAAUGACCAAGCAACAAGACCAACGCCCAACCACCACCUUCUCCAAACAAAUCGCAUCCACCACACCCACAGCACCCCGUCCCGACUGCCCCCCAGACGUCGACCAACUAGGCCGCUCAACCUGGACCCUCCUCCACACAAUGACAGCCAACUACCCCGAGCGCCCUUCACCAACACAGCAAAGCGAAACGCGACAAUUCCUCUCGCUGUUCGGCAAAAUGUAUCCCUGCUGGGUAUGCGCGGAUGACUUCCGGGCGUGGGUAAAGGAGGGGAACGAGCCGCGCGUGAGCAAUCGGGAGGAGUUUGGGCGGUGGAUGUGCGAGGCGCAUAAUGCGGUGAAUGUCAAGCUGGGGAAGAGCAGCUUUGAUUGUAAUCGGUGGGAAGAGCGGUGGCGGACGGGGUGGAAGGAUGGGAGUUGCGAUUGA